CCAGCGAACGCAAUCUUCUGUUACAUUGUGAGAGAGAGAGAGAGAGACCACCGCACUCCUAGAGAGAGAAACAGAGCGCGCGGUAGAGAGAGAAAGCUCGCCCCCUCCUUCCCAAGCACCACAACCAUGGCGGCGAUCGUCUCCCCCUGGGCCACCAAGCCUGGCGCGUGGGCCCUCGACUCCGAGGAGCACGAGGACGAGCUCCUCCAGCAGCAGAAGUCCGAUGCCGCCGCCGCCGCCGGCCCCCCCGCGGCCGCGGCGGCGCCGCUCGCCGACUUCCCCUCCCUUGCCGCCGCGGCGGCCGUCAAGCCGAAGAAGAAGAAGGGCCAGGCCAUCCCGCUGGCCCAGUUCAACUACGGCUCCGCCGCCCCGAAAUACGAACCGUCCAAGGGCCUCACGCGCGAGGAUCUCCUGAUGCUGCCCACCCGCCCGCGCGAGCGAUCCGCGGAGGAGCUCGACCGGAGCCGGCUCGGCGGGGGCUUCAAAUCGUACGGCUCCGGGCGCUACGGAUCGAACGAUUCGGGGGAGGACUCCUCGAACUCGCGGUGGGGCUCGUCUAGGGUUUCGGAUGAUUCGAGGAGGCAAGGAGGGUUCGAUAGGGAAGGAGACAGGGAAUCCUUGCCCUCGCGGGCUGACGAGAUUGAUGACUGGUCUGCUAUGAAGAAAUCGACUGUGGGAAAUGGUUUCGAGAGGAGAGAGAGGGGCGGGUUCUUCAGUUCGCAGUCGAAAGCUGAUGAUUCGGAUAGUUGGGUGUCGAAUAAGAGUUCUGAGCCGCGGCGGUUCAGCGGCGAAGUGGGCAGAGAGAGGAGAGUGUUUAACAGAGGGGUUUUUGAGGGUUCUAACGGUGGCGGCACAGAUGCUGAUAGAUGGAGCAGAAGGAAGGAAGAUGAGGGUAGUUUCAGCAGUGGCACAGAUGCUGAUAAAUGGGGCAAGAGGAAGGAAGACGAGGGUAGUUUUGGCAGCGGUGCAGAUGCUGAUAAAUGGGGCAAGAGGAAGGAAGAUGAGGGUAGUUUUGGCAGCGGCGCAGAUGCUGAUAAAUGGGGCAAGAGGAAGGAAGACGAGGGUAGUUUUGGGAGUUCAAGGCCCAGGCUGGUUUUGCAGCCCAGGACAGUGGCUGUUAGUGAUGGGGCAGGGUCAGGUUCAGGCGCGGUGGCAAAGCCGAAAGCAUCGAGCCCCUUUGGAAAUGCAAGGCCAAGGGAGGAGGUGUUGAAGGAAAAGGGGCAGGAUUGGAAGGAGAUUGAUGAGAAGUUGGAUACAAUGAAGAUUAAGGAAGUGGAGACAGGGGAUAAUAGAGAAGGGUCUUUUGGGAAGAGGAGCUUUGGGAGUGGAAUUGGAAGGGCCAAUUUACAGGACGACAGGACCGAGGGGAUUUGGAGGAAGAAUGAUUCCAAUGAGGUCACUGCGGUUCCUUCCCCAAGUGUCGAGCAGGAUGACAAUGGAGUUGAAGGAAACUAAAUGGCGGAGAAGUUUUGCAUCACGACAGUUCGAGAGGAAGAGGAAGAGGACUUGCUUUAUAGCGGAUAGCAGUUUUGACCUGGUCGACUUAAGCUUUAUUUAUUGCUUCUUGUGUUUGGUUGUGAUUUUUCAUGUCCAUCAAUUAUGUGGAGAAUUUUUUUGGUUGGGUUAUGCUUGUUGCUACGCAUGUUUCGUGGCGGCGGAUAUGUGAUUAAGGACCGUAUAGUUAAUUUUUGUGGCUGCGAUGUAGUUGUUUAGACGCUGUGACGACGGUGAUGAGAAAGACUAUGACUUAAGAUAGUGACCGAAUAAAUGGCGUGUCUUUUGGUGCUGUUAA